AUGGCUUGGGGGAGGCGGGAGCGGCCCGCCGCUGGCUGCCUCCGGGGCUGGGGGGCGGGGAGGGGCUCUGCUCUCUAUUGGGGACGCCUGGAAGGGGCGGCGGCCGCGGGACCGAUAUUGCGGGCGGCGCGGCCGCAGCGCGCACCCGCCGCCGCCGCCAUGUGGAGAGCGCUGGCCGCCGCCGCCGCCCCGGCACGGGCCCUGCUGCGCGCCCCGCCGGCCCGGCGGGCUGCUAGCCUGGCCGUGUCCCCCACCGCCGGCCCGGCGGACGAGCGGGUAGAGACGCGGGUGGCGGGGCUGAGCCCGGGGCAGCCGGUGACCCUGCGGGCCGUGGCGGCCGACGACCGCGGCUGCCUCUUCCAGUCGUGCGCGCACUACCGGGCGGACAGCCGCGGGGAGCUGCACCUGGGCACGGACGCCUCCCACGGCGGGGACUACACCGGCGUGGAGCCCAUGGGGCUCUUUUGGAGCCUGGCCCCCGCCGGCAUGGAGAAGCCGUACCAGCGGCUCGUUCCCCGCAACACCAGCCUCCCGAUGAAGGUGGAGGUGUUCGUCCACGAGGGCCACAGCCCGCCCGGCUCCAUGCCCGGGCCCGUGGUAGCCAAGGCCGAGGUGCAGAGGUUGUUCACGGCCCCCGGCGUGCGGAGGAUCCGGCUGAAGGAAGGAGUCGUAAGGGGCUCCCUUUUCCUGCCGCCGGGGGACGGUCCCUUUCCAGGAGUGAUUGACAUGUAUGGGGAUGAAGGAGGCUUGAUUGAAUUUAGAUCCAGUCUCCUGGCUACCCAUGGUUUUGCUGCUCUUUCUCUGCCAUAUUUUGACUUUGAAGAUCUUCCUAGGGUGUUAAAAGAAUUAAAACUUGAGUACUUUGAGGAGGCAGCAAGGUUCCUACAGCGUCACCCAAAGGUGAAAGGACCAGGAGUUGGAGUGAUUGGGACUGGGAAAGGGGCAGAAUUAGCACUCUCCAUGAUCACCUUCCUGCCAGAAGUAGUGGCUGCUGUCUCAAUCUCUGGCUGUAGUUCAAAUACAGUUGCAGACCUCCAUUAUGGUGAGACGACUCUGCCUGGGCUGCGUUUUGAUAUGAAGAAAGUCAGUGUCUCUGACUCUGGUGUAUUUGACAUUUUUGAAGCUCUGGAUGACCCAAUGAAUCCUGCUAAUUCUCCUAGCAUGAUCCCCAUUGAAAAAGCAGAUGGUCACUUUCUCUUAGUGGUAGGGGAGGAUGAUCGGAUGUGGAAGAGCUCCUUAUAUGCUGAGCUGGCAAUCAGGCGUCUUCGCCAGCAUGGGAAAGAAAACUUUGAAUUCCUGAGUUAUCCGGGAGCAGGUCACCGAAUUGAUCCUCCUUCUACUCCAUUUUGUCAGGUAGCUAUGGAUCGUGUUUUGGGAGUGCCUGUUCUGGGAGGUGGAGAGAGCAAAGCACAUGCCCAUGCACAGGAACACUCCUGGGGAAAGAUCCAGGAGUUUCUGCACUUGCAUUUGGGAUGAACACUUAAGUACAUGCAAGCUGUUGCAGAUCUGCAAGGACUGAACUUGAGCCACCAAAAUGACUGGUGAUGACCAGUGAAUUGAAGGGAUUGACUGAGACAAGCCUUGAAAUAUGGAAAUAACCAAAUGACUAGUUAGUUACAAGUAAAAAUCUAAAAAGAAAGGGAUUUAUUUGGAGCAGCCUAAGUUAAUUUAAUUAGGUAAAGAGAGGAGAUGUGAAACAACAAGCAGGCUGCACUGUGGUACAAAUUUGACAGCUCAAAGUGGUCAUGAUGAAGAAACAAGUACCUGAAGAGAGUACUAGGUACUUCCUUGCUUGCAGUAUUUACACCUCAUAGAAUGUUAACAGGCAGCCUGCACCCUCAGCAGUGACAGACAGGAUCACACCUCGGCAAUGCCAGAUGAUAACGUAGACAUCCAAAUAAUUAAUGACUCUGAGUCCUAAGCUAGCUUUCCCCAGAAUUCUCAUAUUUACAGCCAUAUACACUUCAGAAAUGUUUUCCAUUUACACAAAGCUGGAGAUACCUACUUGAAAUGAGGCUUGUAUACUUACUGUGGUCUUCUGGUGACAGUCUGUUUCUUUCCAAAAAUAACUGUCUGCUGAAUGGAAGAAUGAAGAGUACUUUUCCUUGUCAUCCAAGAAGAAAGCAGUACUAGCACUGUUUUGUAUUUGGGAUGUACCUGUCUGAUUCUGUAAUGUCUUGGAUUGCCAUUUGACACUCAGGGUAUUAAGAUUCUGUUGAAUAGGUUAGAGCAUGUCUAAAUACAGCCAUUAAGUUAGGGAUUAAUUACUUGGGGAACUCUUUAGUAGUGAUGUCAACAGAUGCUGAAAACUGUUCUUAGGGAGAAAGCAGAGUUGGGAGACAGAAAACCUAGCCUGUAGAUUUAAACUGACUAUAAAAAGCUGUCACCUUAUGGUGGUGAUUAACUCAGAAUCAUACCAAACUAACAAUGCACUCCAAUCAAUCACCCAAAGCCAAAUCUAGGAUAGCUUUUCUAUGACUACCUGAGAUUUUUUUUUUUUUAAAUCCAAAUUCAUUUUUGGCUAGUGCCUUUUUCCCCCUCACCAUUCAGGUAGAAAGAAACAACUUCUUCCCAAAUGAGCUGAUCUCUCAAGAGGGUCUUGCUGAAAUAGUGCCAGUGCGGAAGGCCUGUUUAAAGAGGGUCUCUGUUAGCAAAAUUUCACCUUCCAGAGUCAUUUUGUCAGACCAGGAAGCUGCCCAGGAAGAUACAAAACUUUCAUUAGUGGUACUCAGUUUUGUUUUGCUCUCAGGGAUCUCUCUCCAGUUAACUGUCGUUAUGCUGCUGUUCAGUCUCAAUAGCUUUCUGCAACUCUUAUUAAUCCUUAUAAUUUUAUUAAAGUCACAUGUUUUUCACACACAGUCAAGGCCAACUGAACAAUUUAUCCAUCCAUUCCUUACAAGAGAAGCUCCAUCCUGCAAACUCCACAAAAGAUCUCUUCAUGCCUGGUCUCUAAACUCCCUCACCAGCUGAAUAGGCUUUUGCCAAGUCAUAUCUGGUGCCUGAACCUCUGCUAACACAAGCAGCCUCAGAAGUCCAGGACCAGAACCUGCUGCAAUGUGCUCCUUGGUGUCACCCAUACCUGUCAGACUGCCUUUUUCUCCAAACUCAUUUCAAGUGGCAACUGUAGGAGAAAGGGUUGUCUGUUGUGUGAAGGUUCCUGCCUCAUCCUGUGUCUCUUCAGUAGCUGGAGCUGUUAUUAAUUGUGCAAGAGCAGCACCUCCCCUAUCCCUGUUCUGUCACUCUCCCAGUGCCAAUACCUGUGCUCCACACUGCAGUCCUACCUCAGCAUAUGCAUUGCUAUGCAAGAUUGCAAUUUGGAGGUUCAGGAAGUAAAUGUUAAUUUGUAAAUUAAAAAAACCCCAAACAGGUAAACUAAGAGUUUGCAGACUUAAUUUCUAAAGCACAAGUUUUUAAAAUAAUUUAGUGUUAGAUUUUGUCAAAUACAUGCAAUUUGAAAGAGAAGUAAAACUUUCUUUAUUAAAAAGCAACCAUGUGUAAGAAUUUGAUGUUAUGUAUUUGUUUGGAGAAGUAAAUGAUACUUUUGUUUUAAAAGGAGGAAAAAUUAAAAACAAUGUAAUUUUACUG